AUGCACUCUUAUGAAGAGACUCCAUUUGAUAAACACACAGCGAUAGAGAAGCAUGGCGGGGAGGACGAGCCUCCAGCUUCACAAUCUGUCAAUAACAAGUGCACCGAAAUUUGCCAAGGCGACUUUAAAGGAAAAUCAUGUGCCAAGAUAGUUCUUGUCACUGUGACCCAUAGUGCAUUUCCUGAUAGGAGAUUUCGUACCUAUGCUAUCUUGGAUGAUCAAAGUAACCGUACAUUGGCGCAAAAGGAUCUGUUUGACGCGUUUGACAUAGUUGGCGAAAGACAGGAUUACACCUUGUCAAGUUGUGCUGGCAAUACACUUAUGUCAGGCAGACGAUCUGCAGGAUUCACAGUGGAAUCACUUGAUGGUACUUACCGAGUUGAUCUGCCGACUCUAAUCGAGUGUACAGAGAUACCGAAUGAUCGAUCGGAGAUACCUACCUGUGACAUAGCUAUGCUUCAUGAACACUUAAGACCGAUUGCUCAUGAGCUACCGCCCACUGAACCAGAGAGUCGCAUCAGUCUUUUAAUUGGCAGAGAUGUGCCUGAAGCACACCAUGUUCUUGAUCAAAUCAUUGGACCUUACUCUAAACCAUAUGCACAAAAACUAAGGCUUGGGUGGGUUGUCAUAGGAGAUGUUUGUCUACAAGGUCGACAUGUACCAGACAGAGUUUGCGCAAGAAAAACUCAUGUGUUGCAGGAAGGAAGGGGCUCAAUAUUCCGACCUUGUACGAGUAAGCUCGAGGUUUCUGAUGACUACGGAUUGAGUGAACCAUUGAAAGAGAUCCCCUUUCGGACGAGAGAAGAUAGAUUCGCAUCAACUGUUUUUGAACGAACCAAACACGAUGACAAGAUUGGUUUGUCUUGUGAGGACAGAACUUUCAUGGAGAUAAUGGACAAGGAGUUGCACAAGGACAUAGAUGGGAGUUGGUGUGCCCCUCUCCUAUUCAAGCCGUCUCGCGAGCGACUCCCAAACAACAGAAAAAUGGCUCUUCAUCGUGCGAUGUCACUUGAAAAGGGUUUGAAAAAGGACUCAACAAAAUGUGAACAUUUCAUUGCAUUCAUGGAAAAACUGCUCAUCUGCAAGCAUGCCAAAAUUGCUCCAGAUCUGGUCGAAGGAGAAGAAGUUUGGUAUAUUCCAGUGUUUGGGGUGUACCACCCGAAAAAACGUGACCAAAUACGCUGUGUAUUUGAUUCGUCAGCUAAGUUUGAAGGAGUAUCUUUAAACGAUGUCAUGUUAUCUGGUCCAGAUCUUGUCAACAAUCUUAUUACAGUACUGAUGCGAUUUAAAAAGGAACCUGUUGCCGUGAUGGCCGACAUUCAGCAAAUGUUUUAUUGCUUUACAGUACGAGAAGAUCAUCGCAAUUUUUUUUUAGGUUUCUUUGGUAUUGUGACAACGACUUAA